AUGGGUGGCGAUCUGAACUUGAAGAAGUCAUGGCACCCCGUGCUCAUGUCCAACCAGAAGCGCGUCUGGGAAGAAGAGAAGAAAGCACUGGACGAGCGCAAGAAGAUCGACCAGGUGCUCAAGGAGCGCGCCGAGGAACGCCAAAUUCAGGAACUACAACAGAUGCAAGAGGCCGCUGGCGGCAGGAAGCGUGUCGACAGAGUAGACUGGAUGUACGGCGGUCCUUCAGAUGGCCAGAAAGGAACGACUGAAGAGAUGGAGGCAUACCUGCUUGGAAAGAGGAGGCUAGACGGACUUGUCAAGAGAGAUGCAACCGAAGCCAUGCAACAAGCUGCUGCCGUAGGUCCCUCGGCUCUGCAGAUCGCCAACAAGCAGAGAGACACGGCAACGAAACGCAGACGCCACGAUGACUACAGCGACGAUGAGAGACGUUCAUCCCACAAGCACCGAUCACACCGCCGACGUUCGCCCUCAUACUCUCACUCACGAUCACCUGAACGCAGAAGGAGAGAUGACAAGCGCGACGACAGACGUGACGAUGACAGACGUUCUUCUCGCAAGCACGACUCGCAUCGUCGCAGUAUUUCACGCUCCCCAGACUCGCGUAGACGAAAGUCAUAUCCUAGCCCGCGACGCUCAGAUUCGCGUUCUCCCUCUCGCAAACAUAGAGAAAGGGAUAGCAGACGACGUUCGCCUUCCCCUGUGCGAUCAAGGACAGAACGAAGAUCUCCCUCGCCUAGACGUCGUGCAUCACCAAGCUACGAACCUUACAACAAUCGCGGUUCUAGACCUUCAAGAAACGACAGAGACGACCGUCUACCCAGACUCUCCAGAGAUGACAACCGCCCUGUGAGACAAGAACGGCCCGCUUCUCCUGACCGCGAAGCAGAACGCUUGGCCAAACUAGCAGCCAUGCAAUCUAAUGCCACCGAAUUGGAGGCCGAUCGCAAGAAGCGUCUAGCCGAGCUGGAAGAGCGGAAAUUCGUUGGACAACUAAGGAGUCAGGCCGAUAUGGGCGAGGGUGGCGGUCUGGGUGCCAGGCUGGCUGGCAGGACUGGAUUGCAAAGGCUGGCUGGAGAUGAGUAG